AGUACAGGGGAAGCAAUCAAUGGUGAGGGGAGACAUUAUCAUUGUACGAGGCGUGGAACAAGGACCUUCGAUGUAUUACAUCUUUUUCGAUAUCACUGCGCGCAAUCAGGCUAAUACCUGUGCACGAUUUCCAGCUUCUACUGUUGGUUGAUGCCCAACGCACGUUAUGAGAGCUACAGUGUAGCUGGCACAGUCAGAGGAAGUCACUGUUUUUGCUUGAUACAAAACUACACCAAAUCUCCGGAAUACCAGAUAAACUGCGCGACGUUAGUGUGUAUUAUACCUCUCGAACUUUGGACUCUGCUUCGAAAAAGAAGCUCUGUCUGCUUUUACUUAGUUUUAGCACUUUGCAGUGCAGUGAAGUGUCGCGACAACACGACAACAUAUUUACGCUAGAGACGUGCGUGGCUACGCAGAGCAGAAAUCAGGGAGACGAUGGGUUGUGGUGGGUCUAAGAAUGCAGUAACACCCUCAGUCGGGUCUUCUCAGGCCUGGUCCGACCCGCCAGGGAGCAAGCCUGCCUCGGCUGGGUCCAGCAAGACCAAGCCUGGCCGGCCAAACUCCAAGCUCAUCCGUGUAAAGUCCGGCAGCGGCGGAAGAAAGGAGACGGCGGUGACGGAACUGAAGCGAGACCGGGCUGUGUCUCGUGAGUCACUCCGGAGCGACACAGGGUCUGCCGGGGUGGUCCGAGGGGUGUCGUCGGCUACCAGUAAGGCGUCGGCACACACCUGCGAUAGCGGUCUGGAGGCCGACUACGGUUACAUCAUCACAGAAGAAUCUGACCCAACGCUCGUAGAGACCGUUAUGGACAGGCAACGGCCAAACACACCAGACUUGACCCUCCACGGUACUCAAAUCUCCUGCCGUAAGCGUAGUGGCAAGGCUCGCACCGACCAAGACAUCAUCAAGGAACUCAAGACUCAAGGCCUACUAUCCAAGCCUGUGGCUGGCCAUAGCGGCAUGGCCUUCGACGUCAUGAUCGCCCCAGACUUCGGCAUGCUCAAGAAGCCGCCGGCACGCCUGGCCAAGCUCAAGAAGAAAAAGACCAAGAAGAGAACGCUGACCAAGGAGGAAUUGGAGGCCAAGUUGAAAAAGGCCGAGGAGAGAAGAAGGUUGAAGGAAGCUCAGAAAAUCGAGAAACUCAACACAACAGCUAAGGAGAAACAUGUCCACGAAUCCCUGGAUGCUUCAGAGGAGGCGCAGAAGAGAGAAGUAGCCAUCAAGAACGCCAGUGACAUGGAAAGGGUGGCGGAGAACAAGGAGGCCCGCCUACAAGCCAUGAAGGAGAAACAAGAAAAGAGGAAAGCACACGCAGAGAAGGUGCGUCUAGCCAGGCUGGCCAGGCAAGCCGCGGGGGCACCGACGCAGGAGACAGAUGCUACGGACGGCGUAGCCGAAGAUGAAGCAUCCGCCGUCUGAAGACAGAACACAAACAUUCAGCCAGUGGCUUGCAGGGAACUCAUAACUGAAAUUCUGCAUUGCUUUUAAGACAAUCGUCACCUCUGUUACUGUUGAGUGUAACUCGACAGGGGUGCCAAAGUGUUCCCCCGAUUGAGGUUAAGUUGUAUUGAGCAAGUGUAAACUGAAAAGCUUUAUAUAACCGUGACAUCAGAGCGUUUGCACAUUAUGACACACAGAAACAGAGGAUGAGGGAGAUCGGGGAAUACAUGUACAUGUAUAGAGAGGGGUAAAUAGGGUGUCGGGUGGAGUAAUAAAUAGGGUGAGGAAAAGGAUGAAAAAUAAAGGCGAUGAUCAAGACAGGGUGUGUGUAGUGUGAGUCCCCUCAGUGUGAAAGAGGGGUGUAAAAGAAAUGGCUGAGGUGUGGAGUCAUAAGUACCAAAUGUACCGACAGUGAGUUGUUGACGAGAGACUGUGGAUGUGAUAUAAGGAUGAAAAAGAACAGUAGCAAAUAGUGAGAGACACAGAGAGAGAAAGAUUGAGUGACAGACAGGCUGACGAUGUGCUGAUGCAGUAACGAAUUUUCAGCUGUAACUUAUGUGCCUAAUGUUUAACCAAUUCCGUCCACUCCGGCGUUUUAUUGUUAAAUGUAUAAGAGUUGAUCUCUUGCAAAUUAUAUUUUGCUCUGGUACUGGUUACCCUAAAGAGCAAAUUUUCGAGUGAAUAUUUAGCUAGCUGACCUGCGCAAAGAGUUUCGUGUAUUUACGCAAAUACUUAUAGGCGAAUUAACAAUCUGUUGAUGUUCAUAAUAGGGCGAUUCACAAUAGUGCGCCUUCAACAGUUUCCAACGCAUUGAAAAAUCACAACGCGGUAAAUCUGUCGACCCUUUCGAAACACGCAUCGUGUCGACAGACUUCGCUCAUUGUGAUUGGCCAACGCCUUGCAGACUCUUGGAGGCGCAUCAUUGUGAAACGCCCGUAUUAUGUCGGGAAUCGCUUAGCUUGUCUCUGCGUCCCAUCCUCCGUUCAGCAAAAACCAUGUCGUUACGGUUCUGAUCCCCAGUCGGUGGAAUCUGACGACUUUCGUUUCACUUUUGUGAUUUGUCUCAUUUUUUUUCGAAUUGCAAGUGUGAUGGAAAACUCACUUUAAUGUUAUUAACAUUUUUUUUCUAUUUAACGUGUGACAUGUGAAAUAAAGAUACAUAUUGGAAGUGAAAAGAGA